AUGGCAGAGAAUUUUGAUGUGGAUUCUAGUUUUUCCUCGUGGUUAGAUACUUAUUUCAAUUCAAAAUUGCUUCCAGUGUUAUUAUCAAAAGGUGAGGUUGCUACUUCACGUAUUGAACAACACUACUCCCAACCAGGAAAUGAAAUGGAGAAAACGUUAAGUGAACUAGUAGAAAUCAACAAUGACGAUGAUUUACUCUAUCCUCCAUCGAUAAUGGAAUGUUCUGUUAGUGUUGCAAAUUGCAAGAACAAGUAUUGGGGGAAAUGUGCUCAGUGUGGACCCACAGAGGGGGUUAUCCAGCGCCACAAGGAGGACGAUCAAAAACUGUUGAACAAAUUGAUAUUAAUUGGAGCUGGCGAGUCAGGCAAAAGUACAAUUGUCAAACAGAUGAAAAUCAUCCAUGAAACUGGAUAUUCCAAAGAAGAAUGUGAACAGUAUAGACCUUUAGUAUACAGCAUCACAAUACAAAGUCUGAUAACCAUCAUAUUAGCCAUGGGCCAACUCAGAAUCAACUUUGCAGACUCCAGUAGAGCCGUGGAUGAUGCCAGGCUAUUUUUCACACUAGCAAGCGCUGCUGAUGAAGCAAUGCUUACAUAUGACUUCGUUCAGGUAAUGAAACGAUUGAGGAUGACCGGAGGGGUGCAGUAUUGUUUCUCUCGCUCCCGGGAAUACCAGUUGAACGAUUCAGCUGCCUAUUAUCUCAACGCCUUAGACCGUAUCUCACCACCCAACAACGUACCUACGCAGCAAGAUGUCCUGAGAACAAGAGUGAAAACCACAGGAAUUAUCAAAACACAAUUUUCAUUCAAAGGACUUCGUUUCAAGAUGUUUGACGUCGGCGGACAGCGAUCAGAACAUAAAAAGUGGAUUCACUGUUUCGAAGGAGUGACAUCCAUUAUCUUUUGCGUGGCGUUAUCAGAUUACGAUCUGGUGUUAGCCGAAGACGAAGAGGAAUGGAUAUCUCCACCGUAA